UAAUCUGUAGCUCUCGGAUAGAGAAGGACGCGUUUAAUUGUUCAGCACUCGUGCCCUCCAGGCCGGCUGGCAAAAUGGGGCUUGCUAGUGGAGUGUAUGUUCUACAAACUAAGUAUUAAGUAACACCAACAAAGAAAAACAAUCCCCUGGGUAUUUAUAUCUUAACACCAGAGUAUUGCUUCUGACUUUCUUGCUAAUUUAUCCUAUUCUUUGCUGUCCGUUGCGCUCACUUUAGGAUUCCAAAGCUGAUGAUUUGUUUGCUGGGAAACGGCAGAGCAACACACUCCUUUUUCUUGUAACUUCAAAGUUGUGACUGUUUUCACAAGAGUGCUCAUGCUGGUCUUAAUUUUUUAUAAUUUGUCAAAAAGCCUGCAUUAUUAUGUUGGAAUAUUUUUAUGUUAAAGGAUUUUUUUUUAUUAUUAUUUUUAGAAACUUUACAACAAAAGUUUAGAAGACAAGAUUCUGCUUGCUGCUGAAGAAAAAAAAAAGUCAUUUCAAGCAAGAUCUUGAAGUGCAGUGGAAGGUCACUAGUUUUGUUUGUAGAACAAACUGAAAGCUGUCAUUUUGGAAGGCAAAACGAUUGUGGGUGAGGUUUUUUAUACUAAUAUGAGGAAAACCCAUAUAAGUAAAUUACUUGCAGGCCAAUGAAUUAAUAGUUACACCUGUUGCUUUUAAAUUUGUGGUAGUAGUCUAUUUGAAUAGUAAAUUUAUGUGAAUUAAGGAAAAACCUUUGCAAAGUUGUAGCAGUAUAUGCCAUGAUUCGGUGAACAAAACACGUUAAUACAUCCCUGAAAAAAUGUUUUCUAGUCUUUGAAUACUCACUCUAACCCCUAAUAGCAUUCAGUUUUCUGGUGUGAUCUGACACUUCCUUCUUCCUGUGCAGACUCUUUUUAUUUAAAUACUGAAUAUUGAUUUAAAAUUACUAAAAAAAUUACAACUGGAAUAAUACUGCAGAGUUUUUAAUGUAUUUGGAUCUUUUCUGCUUACAAAAAAUAUUUUAAUCAUGAGCUGUGGAAAUGAUUUUGUGGAAACACUUAAGAAAAUUGGAUAUCCAAAAGCUGAUGAGCUUGACGGAGAAGAUUUUGACUGGCUGUUUGAGUCUUCGGAAGAGAAAUCAUUUUUGGAGUGGUUUUGUGGAAAUGUAAGUGAGCAGCACGUGGUCUCUGAAAAAGAACUGCAAGAUUUUGAUAGUCUUCUUGAGUCUGGUAAACCCAUUUUGGAAGGAAAUGCAUUGGAUGAAGUCCUUAAAACUUUGAAGCCCGUGGGUUCAAAGAACAGUAGCCAAGAGGAGGAGGAAGAAGAGGAGGAACUGAAGAAAUUAGAGGAUGAGCUUCAAACUCUUAAGAAGUUAAAAAAACUUCAAAUUCAUCGGCAAAACAAGCUUCAAAUGAUGGUUGCUGCAAACAGCCAUGUGUUACAAACAUUUAAAAGCAAAGAGGAAGAAGCACAUAAAUAUUUGAAAGAAGGACUGGAAAUGUUUACUGCAGCAAAUAAUAAGCUUAAUAGUGAACUUGUGUCUCUUACAGAUGCAGCUAAGAAACUGUCCUCUUUCUUCACUGCCUCAGAUUCAGAACAAGGGUCAGGUCAGCACCCAGUGUUUUUUUCCCAGCUUUCUUUGGACAAGUAUUUGUCUCAGGAAGAACAAAGCACUGCAGCACUUACCUCAUACAUUAAAAAAACCACCUGUUUUUAUCAAGGUAUGUCUGAAUGGGUUGAAUGUUGUCAUGAAGACAGCUUUCAGCUUGGGGAUACAAGCAAACAAGGCACUUGCGAUGAGACUGAGGAAGUUUGUGAAGAAAGUCAAGAGAUAGCCAGGCUCCAGGCAGCAUAUAUUUCUGCUCAACAUCAGCUGAUUCAGAUGCAAGCUAAAGAGGAGGGCAUGAAAUCAGCUAUCAAAUGUGCAGAGAGCAUGCUGCAGUCCUUAGACAACAAGGAUAUUAGGAAACAAGAAAACCUCGAUGCCAAAAUAUCUAAUUUAAAUGAUGAAAUUUCAAGACUUAGACAAGAUAUAACUCAGAUAAACAAUAAAGAACUGCUUCCUCUUCUGAAAGAGAAAGCACGACUUUGGAGUGCACCAGUGGUGAAAGGAUACUUGGAUCAUCAGAUUGCUCAGCACGAAUAUUAUGCUUCAAGACAAGAGGAAAUAUGCAGGCAUUUCAUAAGACAGAGAGCAUCAUUUGAACUUAUUGAGCUAGCCUAUGAACUGGAGUUGAAGAAACAUAAGGAGGUCUGCUGUCAAGUUGAGAAUUUGGUAGAGUCUCUGAAACAGAGCAGUAAUGAGUUGCAACGAAGACUGCAGGUGAUAACUGAGCAAACUCAGAGUGCAAAGCCAAGAAACAUUAUUAGUUCAAAUGAUGGUUUCUCUUGCAGGCUAUAUCAGCUUCUGGAAGGAGAAAAUAAAAAGCAGCAAUUGUUUAAAACAUACAAAAGCCUGGAGCAGAUGGCUCAGAAGUUAAAGGAGGAUUGUACUACAGUACAAGAUCAGCUAGCAGCAUCUUCUCAGGAACAGUCUCUCCUUUUGUCCAAGCUAAAAAGUGAUGUAGAUACCCUGCAUGAUGCCCUGUAUCGUGGAGGAAACCAGAUACAACUCCGUAGCCCGGAGCUUACUGAGCAGUUUCAUCAACUGGAAGUUGAUUUAAAGAAACUAAAUCAACUCCUUAUGGAUCUGAUUGCUGAUGUGAAGUUAAAGAGAAACUUUAUAGAGUCCAAUAAGCUGCAUCAGAUGGAAAGAAACUUGUAUGUGUAUUUUUUCAAAGAUGAAGACCACUUGAAAGAGAUGGUGGAGAAGCUUGAGCAGCAGUCUGAGGCUAAAGUCAGUGAUCUGGAAGAUGAGAAUAUCACCACAAGUGGAGUUCUUAAUGUUUAAACUUCAAUGUACUUUUACGGAAGGAAAGCAUGUUAAUGUAGACUAUCUACAAGUUUAUGGAAUGAUAAGUAUUAACUUAUCAAGACUAACUUUUAUCUAUUAUUGGAAUGUAUGUUUAACUGCAACAGUUACCAAGCUGGGAUUAUAUGCUGCUUUAUGGCUUUUGGCAUCUGCCCACCAAGUUCAAAUCUCAGUUUUGUCAAGGUUCUUUCAUAAGAAGUAACGCAUUGGUUAUUUAAAUGAAUUACAUUCAGGCUGCUCUUUUGCUAUUCUGUAUGUUGAUUUCCACUGCACACAGCAUAGCACAAAAAAACCUUUUCAUACCCUUGAGCUAAGUUUUCUUGCAUGCUAGGAACCUUUGCUGUGUGAACUGAAAAAUAAAUGCAGAGAAGGCAUUCCAGAUUUUGGAACAUGUUUCUUCUGAAGUAAUUUUUCUAAUGCAGAUACUCCAUGAUUGUUUCUCUUACAGUUUUCCUAAGAAGAUUUUUUUUUGUUAGAUAUGUAUUGGAAUAUGUACCAGAACCUGUUUCAAGUACCCAGACCAUCCGUUUUAAGACAAUUCCCUUAUCUCUUAAUUCAACUUACAGCCUGUUUUUUCCAUUGAAACCAGCUCAUACUCAUACUGGCCUCCUCAAAGAGAGAAUUUUAAAUUUACCUUUUGGAGUUCUCAGUUUGCUCUGUAAUGUAUAAUAAUAGGCAUUUCAGUUCUGAGUACUGAUGCUUUCAAACUUCUGCUUUCAUGUGCAUUGUUAGGCUCUUUAUCACAUUCCUGUAUACCUUCCUAAUAUACUAAUAGAACUAAGUAGGAUUUUAUAGUAUGUUAACUUCCAUUCUUCUGUAUUUUGAUUGGAUCAGCUGCAUUUCCUUUCAAGCAUUGUACAUAGUGAUGAAGAUUAGUAAAUUAGCUUUAAUUUCAGUCUUAAAACUAUUUUCAUGGCAGACUUUUAUGGAGUUUAACUUAUUUUUAAAACUUCUAAUUAUUUUUUUAGCUUACUGGUGGGAUGUCUUUUUUACUGCUUUCAUGCUGCUUAACUCUAUAUCCUGUGUUUAUUAUUAAAUGCUAAACACUAUAAAUUCAGUGUUGUCAGUA